AUGGAGCUGGCGGUGCUGCUGGCGUUGCUGGGGGCGGCCCGGGCGCUCUCCACGUGCCGCUCGUUGGACCUGGAGGCGGCGCGGAGGAAACGCAUCGAAGCGGUCCGGGGUCAGAUCCUGAGCAAGCUCCGGUUACCGGCGCCUCCCGCCGAAUCCCCGCCCCGGCCUCUGCCCGAAGAGGUCCGGGCGCUUUACAACAGCACCCGGGAACUGCUGCGGCAGCGGGCCCGGCUGCGCCCACCCGACGACCCCGAUGAAUAUUACGCCAAGGAGCUGCACCGCUUCCCGAUGGAACCGGCCGGAGAGGGCCCGCUGGAGCACUGGCGCCCGACGAGCCACAGCACCUUCUUCAUCUUCAACACGUCGCGGGUGCGGGCGGAGAUCGGGCACGAGGCGCUGCUGCACCGGGCCGAGCUGCGGAUGCUGCGGCAGCGGGCGGGCGCCGAGAACCUGGGGGUCGAGCAGCGCCUCGAGCUCUACCAGGGCUACGGCAACGCCUCGUGGCGGUACCUGCACGGGCGCUCGGUGCGGGCGACGGCGGAGGAAGAGUGGCUGUGGUUCGAUGUCACCGACGUCGUCCAGCAGUGGCUCAGCAGCAGCGAGCCCCUGGGCAUGUUCAAGCUGAGCGUCCACUGUCCCUGCGAGCAGGGUCCCGGCGCUGCCGCCGACGACAUGCGCAUCACCAUCGAAGGCUUCGAGCAGCAGCGGGGGGACAUGCAGGGCAUCGCCAAG